CGGUAGCUGACGUUGAAGACGGCUGUCAGAUUUUUCAUUGAAACUUGUCUCGCAUAAAGUUUAAAGCUAAAUUUUCGUUUUUUUUGCUGUUAAAUUUCCCGUUAACGGAGUGAUUAUCUCUGUGAAUUUUCGAUCAAAAAUUGUGUUAACAGUCCUUGUAGUACAAUAAACUCCAAUCGGCGAUUACAAACAACAUUUGAGGAAAAAAAUACAUGUAACAGUUGUAACAGUAAAUUGUGUAAAGUUUAGAAUGUAACAGCAAAAAGGCAAACAAACACACAUUUUCAUGGUUUUGGAUAGUUUGUUUGGAAAAUCAACUGAUGCCGGAGAAGUUGCGUUGGGAUAUUAGCUCAGUUUCCAAAAAUCUUUUCGGAAAUAAUGUCAAGUGAAGAACUUUAUGCAAAGGGAUGUAAAGUUUGGUUACCAAACUCGGACACAGUAUGGGAAAGUGCAGUAUUGGAGGAAAAUUAUCAGAAAGGCAAAACCAGCCUUAAAGUACAACUCGAAAACGGAAAACUUCUUGAUGUACCUGUGAAGCAGGAUGGCAGCGAUUUGCCACCACUGCGAAAUCCUGCAAUUCUUAUUGGACAAAAUGAUUUGACGUCGCUGUCGUAUCUCCAUGAGCCAGGGGUGUUACACAACCUUCGCGUACGGUUUUGUGAACGACAGAUCAUAUACACCUAUUGCGGUAUUAUUUUAGUGGCCAUAAACCCGUACGCAGAACUGCCGCUGUAUGGAUCAAACAUUAUCAGAGCAUACCGCGGCCGUUCCAUGGGCGAGUUGGAGCCACACAUAUUUGCAUUAUCCGAGGAGGCUUAUACCCGGCUAGAAAGGGAGAAAUGCAAUUUAAGUAUUAUUGUGAGUGGUGAAUCUGGAGCCGGUAAGACAGUGUCGGCUAAAUAUGCUAUGCGUUAUUUUGCUGCAGUUGGCGGUUCUGAGUCGGAGACUCAGGUUGAACGCAAGGUGUUGGCGUCUUCGCCGAUAAUGGAGGCUUUCGGCAACGCAAAGACCACACGGAAUGACAACAGUUCUCGUUUUGGAAAAUUCACAAAAUUAUUAUUUAAGAAUAACAUGGGUGUAAUGCAUUUAACUGGCGCCACAAUGCAUACAUAUCUUUUGGAAAAGUCGAGAGUGGUCUUUCAGGCCAUGGGAGAGCGUAAUUACCAUAUUUUUUAUCAAUUGUGUUCGGCUAGGAACGAUCAUCCCGAGCUAAUCUUGGAUCACCAGGAUAAAUUUAAAUACCUUAACAUGGGUCAAUCUCCUGAUAUUGAUAAAGUUUCUGACAAGGAUCAAUUUAAAGAAACUAUACAAGCUAUGGACAUUUUGGGAUUUGACGCCAGACAGAUUUCAGAUAUUUUGAAUAUUCUGGCAGCAAUUUUGCACUUGGGAAAUGUUAAGUUUAGCCAUAAAUUAAAAAAGAAUUCCGAGGAAAUUGAUCCCGACGGCUGCGAAAUAUACCAUGAUGACUUACAUUUACGUGUACUUGGAGAAUUAUUGAAAAUUAACUCUGAUGAAUUGAGAAAAUGGCUAAAAACUCGUCAAAUUGAAUCGGUUAACGAACUAGUACUAAUACCAAUUAAUAUUGCCACAGCGGAGGCGGCCAGAGAUGCCCUUGCCAAGCACAUAUACGCCCGACUGUUUCAAUAUAUUGUCAGUGUCAUAAAUAAAGGCUUAAACAAUGACCGCAAACAAUCUUGCUUCAUUGGUGUAUUGGAUAUAUAUGGGUUUGAGACAUUCGAGAUCAACUCCUUCGAACAAUUCUGCAUCAACUACGCAAAUGAGAAGUUGCAACAACAAUUCAAUCAACAUGUUUUCAAAUUGGAACAAGAAGAGUACUUGAAAGAGGGUAUAAGUUGGACCAUGAUAGAUUUCUAUGACAAUCAACCAUGUAUUGAUUUGAUCGAAUCCAAGUUGGGCGUAUUGGAUCUUUUGGAUGAAGAAUGCAGGAUGCCCAAGGGAUCGGAUGAAAGUUGGGCUAGGAAAUUAGUGGAAAAAUGUGCAAAAUAUUCACAUUUUGAAAAGCCCCGAUUUGGAAAUACAAGUUUUUCUGUCAAACAUUUCUCCGAUACUGUGGAAUAUGAUGUCAUGGGAUUCCUGGAGAAAAAUCGUGACACGGUUUCCAAAGAACUAGUUAAUGUCUUGCGUUCAUCGAAGAUGUCUCUGUGCAAGCAAUUAAUGGAAAUGGAAGAAAUCGAUACUCUGAGUGCAGAUGCUGCAAAAACACAUACCUUGGGCGGUCGUGUUGUUAUAAGUGCAGCUCGAAAACAGGGCGAGGUAGCCACUGAACCGAGACGAAGAGUUACUCCAUCGAAGCAGCAUAGGCGAUCUGUGGGCUCACAAUUUCGUGAUAGUUUAUCCUCACUUAUUGCAACUUUGCAUGCCACCACUCCGCAUUAUGUACGCUGCAUAAAACCCAACGACGACAAGGUAGCCUUCAAAUGGGAUGCCCCCAAAAUUGUACAGCAGCUGAGAGCUUGUGGUGUUUUGGAGACUGUGCGUAUUUCUGCAGCGGGUUUUCCCUCCCGUUGGUCUUACAUGGACUUCUAUAUGCGCUAUCAGCUGCUAUGCCAUCGAUCCUUGAUCAAUAAAAACGAUCUCAAACAGACGUGCCGUAAUAUUGUACAAAAGUGGAUAACGGAUGAAGACAAGUAUCGGUUUGGCAACACUCAGAUAUUCUUCAGAGCCGGCCAAGUGGCUUAUUUGGAACAGAUAAGAGCUAAUCUUCGAAAGAAAUACAUAAUUACCAUUCAAAGUGUUAUACGUCGUUUCAUUUGUCGUCGCCGCUACCUUCGACUGCAACGAACUGCAUUAGGAAUUCAACGUUAUGCACGGGGCUAUUUGGCCAGAAAGAAGGCUCAAGCUGUGCGUGAAGCCCGUGCUGCCAUAGUUAUAUCGAAAUAUGCUCGAGGUUGGCUGUGUCGCCGGCGUUAUUUGCGCUUGCGCAGAUCUAUCUGUGGGAUUCAGCAAUAUGCCAGAGGAAUGCUGGCCCGACGUCGAUUCCAAGAAGCCAUGGACCACUAUCGUGCCGUACAAAUUCAGCGCUUCGUCCGGGGAUAUUUGGCUCGAAGAGCAUACCACAAGCGCAGAAGGCAAAUCAUUAUUUGCCAGUCGGCGGUGCGCAGAUUUUUGGCGAAACGUCAAUUUAAGGCUUUGAAAGCAGAGGCUAAAACCAUUUCCCACAUACAGAAUUUGUACAAGGGUUUGGAGAACAAGAUUAUUUCCAUGCAACAGCGUAUCGAUGAUUUGAAUAAAGAAAAUAGCCAUCUAAAACACAAGAACAGCGAGAUAUCGGUACUGAAAAUUAAAUUGGAAACAAAGAAAAACUUGGAACAUGACUUGAAGAACUUGAGGGUCAUUGCUGCCGAGAGAGAAGAAAAGAUUGCGUCUCUAACCAAACAACUGGAAGUAGAAAGAGAUGAGAAAAUGCAGCUGGUAGAAGAGAAUGCCCGCAAUCAAGAGGAGUGGACCAAACAGAAGCUGAUUUUGUCCACGGAGAAUGAAGAUCUGCGUAAGCAGUUGGAAGAAACGACUGAACGAUUGAAGCUGGCUGAUUCGGGCUAUCAACGUGACCGAGUGAUUACCGACAUUGACAACAACGAAAUCCACGAAGUGUAUCGCAAAGUCCUGAAAGAAAAAGAAAUCUUGGAGAAUGAAAACUAUCAUUUGAAAUUAGAUCUGCAAUUGCUGCAAAAACAAUCCGGCAUAGUUGGGGACUAUAUUCCUCCAGUGUCGCAUCAUGUACGAUCCAUUAGCAAUGCAUCGAGCCAUACAGAAGAUGAUACCGGAUAUGGCUCCACCAAGUAUCUUUUAGAUCAAAAGAACAAUCACUCGCUAAAUGUGAACGAUGUCAGCCGAACUUCGCCGGAAGCAUUCCGACGCAAUAUGGAUAUGACCUCAACGCCUAAGAGCGAGAAUACCGUGAUCCUUAUAAAACUACGCAACCUCUUGGAGGAAGAAAAGAAGUACAACAAGGCGAUCAAGAGUCAACUGGACAAAGCUAUUGGUUUGCACAGGCCAACCGAAGAUUCGCUUCGCGUGUCCGAACUCGAGGUUGAAAAUGAAAAAUUGCGCCAUGAUUACGAGCUACUUCGUCAGAGCAUACGCAAUGGAGCUGAGAUGCACGAACUGGAAGCCCAACACAGUGCUUUGCAAGAAGAAUUGAAACGGCGACGGGAAGAGUGUAUUCAGCUAAAAUCCGUACUCCAACAACAGACGCAAUCUUUGAAAUCAUUCGGCAACGAUAGCCUUUCGUUGAGGAACUCGGAUACAAAUAGUCUACAGGAUAACGAACUCAUGGAUGCUUUCCAAGCACAAAAAAUGGUAAAUAAACAGUUGGAAUUGGAACUGAGGGCCUUGACAGAGGAGAAUAACGCCCACUUUGCUGAGCUGACACGUCAAAUAGAAGACUUGCGUGACGAGAACAAUCAACUGCAGGAAGUAUUGCAGGGCGGUGUGGACGAGACGGUGGAUGCCAGCGAUCCCAAUGUUUUGCAACAAACCAAUCGUUAUUUGAAACACGAGCUUAAGAAGUCCAUGCUUCAAUACUCACAAGUACAGGAAGAAUUGAAUGCUUUCAUCAAGAAGUUUGAAGCUUUGAAACACAAGAGCGACAAAUUAACACUAAGACUUCAAGAACACGGUAUUUCGGAGCAUGUCUCUCCCAACAAAGAGGCGAAUAUAACCAAUGCCGUCUCCAGUAUUACCAUGACCAAUUCGGAUGUGGCUGUGGGAAAACAGAAACCGAAAAAUUAUCAAGGGCUAAUGAAGUUCCGCAGUGAAGAUAUUGAUAGAAUUUUCCAACGUUUGGUCAGCGACAUGACAGCCAGAGUGGCCAUAGGCCUUUUGCCAGGCUUCCCAGCCUAUGUUCUUUUCAUGUGUAUACGUUAUACGGAUCUCAUAAAUGCGGAUGAGGAUGUACAAACUCUACUCAGUAAAUUUGUAAAACAAAUCAAGAAAGUACAUCGCAAUGCCCAUGUGACCGAGUAUCGCAUUUUGUGGUUGGUCAACUCAAUAACUUUACUGAAUCUUCUUAAGCAAUACGGCGAUGUAGAGGAAUAUGUGAAGUUUAAUACGGAUAAGCAAAACCAACAACAGCUAAAGAACUUCAAUUUGUUUGAAUAUCGUCGUGUCAUCUUGGAAAUCAUAAUGAAACUAUACGAGGCUCUGGUAAGACAAAUUGAAGGAUUGCUUGAGCCGUAUAUAGUUCCGGCAAUUCUGGACAAUGACGAGAUACAGCGCGGGCCCUCACAGACCGGUUUACUGGGCAGAAGUCAGUCGAAUAACAAUUCGCCAGAACAUGUCAAAAUGGCCGCUUGGAAACAACUGAUUCAUCAGUUGGAACAUUUCUACAAACAAUUUACCCACUUUGGACUGGAUCGUUGCUAUUCAGAGCAAAUAUUUAAUCAAAUUAUGUAUUUCAUAUGUGCAGUGGCAAUGAAUUGUUUGAUGCUCAGGGGUGAUAUCUGCAUGUGGGAAACUGGGAUGAUAAUUCGAUACAACCUGGGUCACAUUGAGGACUGGGUGAGAGACAAGAAAAUGCCCAAUGAGGUCCUAACUCCUUUGGCUCCCCUAAAACAAGUUUCACAAUUAUUGCAAUCUCGUAAAAGCGAAAAUGAUGUUCAAAGUAUUUGCGAGCUGAGUACCCAUUUGAAUACAGCCCAAGUGUUAAAGAUAAUGAAAUCGUAUAAAUUGGAUGACUAUGAAAAUGAAAUUACAAAUAAGUUCCUUGAAAAACUAACCGAGAAACUUAACGCUCGUAAUAUGGUAAGUCUCUACGAUUUGUUUUCCAUUAAAAGAAAAACUCUAAACAUUGAAUAUUUCCUUUCACAGAUUCAAAAUGACGAAUUUACCAUGGAUCAGAAAUUUAUACAUGCCUUCAAAGUUGUUUUCAAGUACAGCGACAUUAAGUUGGAAGAAAUUGAAAUCCCAAAACACUUGGGCUUAGAUGAUUUGCUGCAAAAAAUUUAAUUAAAUCUGGGCCGUAGUUCCCAUGCAACGUAAACAUUCCUAAAACCACCUAUUAGUUUUGUUAGUAUUUAUACACACACACAAAAAUUUCAAACACUUUGUUUUGUUUUUAACACAACAUUCCAAAACCAUACUUUGUAAAGUGCUUCCGUAAAAAAAUUGUAGAUGUAAUUGGAUACCUUAUGAGUGGAACUCAAAAUUUGUAUGCAACAAUUGCCUUAUUGCCUUUGUAAAAGAACGAAACGAAACAAUGGAUACCUGAU